CUGGCGGAGCCGGAGGAGGCGCAAGAGGAAGGCGCAAGGGGCUGGCUGCCAGGAGAGGGCCCCUGACGGAGCGAGAGGAAGGCAUCGCAGCAAGAGCCUCCUCGUAAGGCAGCGGGAGAAGCAGGAGCCUUGCGUCCUGGUCAGCAUGGCCGCCGGCCCAGCCCUGGGCAUGUGUUUCCUGGCCUCUGUAGUUCUGAGUGUGGACGCCUCCUCGGUUAGCAACUGGUGGAACCUGGUGCCCCGGAAAACAGUCCCCUACAAAGACCUGAGGGAAGUGACCAAGCGCUUCUCCAAGAUGGGGGUGUUCAACUACACAACACUGACCCUGGCUGACCCCAAAGGGCUGCUUUAUGUGGGAGCUCGAGAAGCCAUUUUCGCCCUCCGCACCAACAACAUGGAGCUGGAGGAAAUGAUCCACUGGGAGGCUCCAGCAGAGAAGAAAGCAGAGUGUAUCCAAAAGGGCAAAAGUAAUCAGACUGACUGCUUCAACUACAUCCGUUUCCUGCAGAGUUACAACAGUUCCCACAUGUAUGCCUGUGGUACUUACGCCUUCCAGCCCAAGUGCGCCUACAUUAAUCUGGCCACCUUCUCCUUGGACAGACUCUCCUUUGAAGAUGGAAGGGGGAAGUGCCCCUACGACCCCGACAAGGGGCACACGGGCCUCAUUGUGGAGGAAGAGUUGUAUUCGGCGACACUCUACAACUUUCUGGGCACAGAACCUGUGAUCCUGCGUAACCUGGGCCCCCAGUAUUCUGUCAAGACUGAGCACCUGCCCACAUGGCUCAAUGAACCCCAUUUUGUGGGCUCGGCCUUCGUCCGGGAGAGCAAAGGCAGUGACAGAGGGGAUGACGACAAGGUCUAUUUCUUCUUCAGCGAGCGGGCGGUGGAGUACGACUGUGACAUAGACCAAGUUGUGGCCCGGGUAGCCAGAGUCUGCAAGGGGGACGUGGGUGGCGCCCGGACUUUGCAGAAGAGGUGGACGACAUUCCUGAAGGCACGGUUGUUGUGCUCUAUUCCAGAGCAGCAGCUGCAUUUCAAUCGGAUCCAGGGAACGUACACUCUGAGUGGGGAUCAUUGGCCUGAAACUAGCUUUUUCGGAGUCUUCCAAGCACGCUGGGGAGAUGUGGAUGUUUCUGCCGUCUGUCAAUACCAGAUUCAAGAGGUGCAGAAAGUGUUUGACGGUCCCUACAAGGAGUACAGUGAGGUAGCACAGAAGUGGGUUCGGUACUCAGACCAAGUGCCCAGUCCUCGUCCUGGAGCAUGCAUCACCAACUCCCUGGAGCUGCCUGACAACACGCUCAACUUUGCAAAGAAGCACCCCCUGAUGGAUAAGGUGGUCCCUCCCCAAGGCAACCGGCCUUUGCUGGUCAAGAAGGAGGCCAACUUCACCCAGCUGGUGGUGGAACGGGUUCAUGGCUUGGAUGGCAAACCAUAUGAAUUGCUCUACAUUGGCACAGAUAAUGGCUGGCUGCACAAGGCCGUGGUCUUGCCAUCGGGUGUCCACCUGAUCGAAGAGCUGCAGAUCUUUGAGCAAGCCCAGCCUGUCAAGAGCCUAGUGUUGUCCCUGCAGAAGAGGGUGCUGUUUGUUGGCUCCAACUCCCACGUUAUCCAGCUUCCUGUGGCCGACUGCAGCAAGUAUCACAGCUGUUCUGACUGCAUCCUUGCUAAGGACCCUUACUGUGCCUGGACGUGGAAUGGGAGUCGCUGUGUUCGCAUCGAUGCUUAUGAUGGGACCUCGCUGCUGUUCCAGGAUUUGGGAGUGGAGCCUGGGAUUUGCAGCCCCCUGCGCACAUCAAAAUCAGGAACCAAAGUAAUUCCUAAGAACAUCACGGUGAUGGUGGGCACAGACCUGGUCCUGCCUUGCCGCCCAACCUCCAACCUGGCCCAGGCUCGCUGGACCUUCAAUGGGCAGGAGUUGCCAGAGGAGCGGGACUCGGUUCUGUACGAUGCCCACCUCAAGGCGCUGAUCAUCUUGGGCACCGGUCUGAAGCACACCGGGCUGUACAGGUGUGUCCAGCUGGAGGAACGCAAUGAGCUGAUGUCCGAGAGCUACGUGGUCACCGUGGUCUCUGGACCGGCCAUGUCUCUGGAAGCACGAGCCCCUCUGGAGAACCUGGGCCUGGUGUGGAUGGUUGUGAUCGCUCUGGCCGCUGUGUGCUUGGUGCUUCUGUUGGUGGUGCUGUCCCUGCGGCGCAGGCUAAAGGAAGAGCUGGAGAAGGGCUCCAAGGCCAUCGAGAGCACCUUGGUCUACCCCAUCGAGCUGCCCAAGGAGGCAAAGAGCCCCACCUUCAUUCCCAGCACCACCUCGGACUCGGACGAGAAGCUGUGGGACCCAGCCAGCUACUACUACUCUGACGGGUCCCUGAAGAUCGUCCCAGGCCAUGCCGUGUGCCAGAACGGAGGCACCACGCCCUCUCCCACCACCAAUGGCAUCCCCGGGCAGCCCCUGCAGUCUCCCCCGCUCCACUCGCCCAACCGCAUCAACCUGGGCAACAUCCGCGGCUCCUCCUCCAACGGCUACAUCCGCCUCAACCUGGGCGCCGAGGAGCGGCCGGACUACAGCGACCUGGCUGAGGAGCUGCGCCGGAAGCUCAAGCAGAGGCAAGCGCUGCCUGACUCAAAUCCCGAGGAGUCGUCCGUAUGAGCAGCCCAUGGACUGGGCCUGUGUUAUUUCUCAACUACCUCAUAAACUAGGCCGGGAUCACUGCCCCUGGCUGGUUCUACUUUUUUUAAGAAAAGAAAUCCUAUUUAAAUACUUCCUUCAGACACUUCGGCCCCCAGUUUUUAUACACUGCCAAGCCCCCACUACAGGCUGCUCCUGCCUCAUUCAGUGUUUUCAGCUGUGCUUCCUUCUGAGAAAUCCCCAGGACUUUGUGGGAGGUGUGUUCAACUCUUCCUUUGCCUUGGAUGGUGAGCCUGAACCUCACUGGAGACUUAACCAUUGGACUGGAAGACCCAGUAAUUCAGGCCUGUUCGCUCUCCCCCCCCCCCCGC